UACGUCAGUGAAGUAAGUGUCAAAAUGAUCGCCGUAGGAAGAAGCGAUCUAAAUAGAUAAUUAAACACUUUUUUAACAAUUCCUCUCAAUAAUGGUGCCUUCAUAAUACAAUGAUAGUGACACGUUAGUAUGGAGAAUAAUAUAAUGGAGUUUACAUUGCCGCCGGCCCCUCGUGGGCUGUGCUUUGAUAGAAAUGACUUUGUCAAGACGAAUUUUUCCGUCGAUAACUUUUUGGCGGAUCACCAAAAUGUGGCAUCAUUGGAGACAAUGCGAGAUGAUCUGGGAGUGUACUUAAAAGUCCUAAGGCUGGCUAUGAUAGAGCUCAUAAACAAGGACUACGCUAACUUCGUCAAUCUGUGCGCCACACUGAUAGGAUUCGACAAGGCGAUUGUUAAAAUUCAAGUGCCAUUGGGACAGCUAAAUGAUGAAGUAGUUGGUGUAAAACAAUGCUUAGAAGAUGCUAUGAAAGAGCUGUCAAUGUGGAUGAGUCAGAGACAUGGGCUACAAAAGAAAAAGCAGCUGCUCAAGCACUACAGCCAAACAAUAAACUGCCUGAAAACGUUAGACAAUGUGCUAAGAAAUAUUUCUAAUAAGAAAAGACAGGAGCAGGUAGCUCUGGCAGACCGUGCCGCGAUGCAGUACAACCAGCUGAAGUUUUCCAUUUCAAAAUGCAACAGUAUAAUAAAGCCUGACCAUAAACAACAAUACAAGGAACUAGGAGACAAACUAAUACAAACACUAAAUGAUUUACUUUUUCAAUUUUGGAAUGAUAGUGAUGAGACAAAUGUUUUAAAGACCCUCAUAACCCUGGCUUCUUUAGACCGUGUUGCCGAAUGUGAAAUGCUUAUUAGAAAACAAGCAGUUGCUCCAUUAUUGCAAGAUGUUAUCAAUGAACCUGCUCUACAGAAAAGCAAAGAUGGCCUUCAAGGAAUCUAUGAAAGAAUCUUGUCUCUUUUGGACACAAAACUGAAGUUACUUGUAACAGUAAUGCAACAUUCCAAGUUAUCAUUUCUUGUUAAGAAGUAUAGGUUUUUAGUGAACUGUUUUUGGUGCGAAGUUGAAAAUAGGUUAGAGGUGAACCUUGCUUCAAUUUUUGCUCCAGGGAACCCUCAGAUAUUUUACAGGAGAUACAGUGAAAGUAUUGAGUUCAUUAGAAAGCUAGAAGGGUACUGUUCUCCUGAAGAUGUGCAAUUAAUCCAUCAGAGUCCUGAAUAUAAGAGCUUCCAGAGAAGAUGGAACUUGCCAGUCUAUUUCCAGAUAAGAUUUCAAGAAAUUGCAGGAAGUUACGAGGCGGCGCUGCAAAAGAGUCCUACAUUGGAGAACAACGAUGAUUUCGUUCUGAGGGAGACCUACAAGUGCUGGUGCGCCGUCCAGGAGUGCUGGGUCGACGGAGUCUACAUCGAGGCACUCGCGCAUAAGUUCUGGAAACUCACACUUCAACUGUUAUCGCGGUACGCCACAUGGGCUAACGGGUAUUGUACACAGAGAAUACCAACACAAAAGCAUGAGCCAACAAAUGUAAAUAAAAACCUUAUUGACAACAGUAUUAACAUCUACGUCGAUGUACAAGCCCUGCUGAGGAGAUUGCUGAGUUUAUUGGAGCUGGUCCAAACCAAAAUACCUAUAGACAACAAAGAUCUCCUUGGUCAAAGUUUACGAAGUUCAGAGGUUGCGCUACAAGGCACAAAACAGAAGAUUAAAGAAUGUAUAGUCAACGAACUUUACGAUAGUUGCAAUGUUCACUUAAAACAAGUUAGUGACAUCCCUAGGCUAUACAGAAAGACUAACCGAAGCGUGCCCACCAAGCCUUGCGCCUACAUCGAUGUAGUGUCCAAUGCAUUGAAGGAAUUCAACCAAGAAGCAGCAAUCAAACUGGACAAUGCAUUUAUCAUAGAACUCUUCGAAUCCUUGUUCAAUAUUAUGACUGUUUCAUACUACAAAUAUGUAGAGGAUGUUUUGACCUCGGUGCAGAGGACCGAGGAGUCAUUGAGAAGACUGAAGCAAAUCCGUGAGAUCAACUCCCCGCAGAGCAGCGACAGCGCGGGCGUGACGGACGGCGACAAGAUCCGGCUGCAGCUGAGCGUGGACGUCGCCUCGUACGGCGCGCUCGCCGCCACGCUGCGCCUCGAUGUACAUAGUGUUCACAAGUUCACAGAACUUUCAAGUAUGGUAACGGAAGCUGUAAAAAAUAUAGAUAUUAAAUGAUAUGCCCAGUUGUAUA